AUGAGCCCCUCGCUCAAGCGGCCGCCGCCCGCCGUCCAAGCUCCGGAGGAGGCUCGAUGGCAACCCAAGCCGAAGCUCUGCGAUGUACCGAGCGUACGCGUGGCCGCGCGGCUGGACAUGACGACGCUGCCUCGCGCCGUGAUGGAGUUGGUGCUGUCCUUCGCCGUCAAGAACGUGUCGGAGGCCAAGGUGCUGCCUACGAAGCGCAGGGGGUGGAGACGACUGUCGCGGCCUGACAAGACGCCGCUGGCCACAAUAGCGGAGUGGCGCCUGGUCUGCCACUAUUGGCGCGACCUGCUGGGCGAGAUCCUGGCCCAGUACCAGCAGCGGACCGUCAAGCUCAACCUCUCGCACAAGUCCGAGGAGCAGCAGACAGCCAUGCUGAAGCACGUGACCAGUGCUGGUCCACGAGUGAUUGAGCUCCGAGUUGCACUCUUCGGCCACACCACCAGACGAGUCGGCGCCGAGAUGACGCAGGUGGUGGACUGGCCAGCGUUGCUCAGUGCUUGUCCGAACUUGCAGCGCCUCGAUGUCUCCAAGAUGGCGUAUCUUACGCGGCGGGAUCUCGGCAAAGUGCUGGAUGCGGCGUCUCAGUACUGCUUGAAGAUGAAGGCGCUCGUACUGCCGCUUCCGAUGAGAUGGAGCAAGCGCGCGCCGAAGAUUGUGGGCGCGUACCGGAAUGACAUUGAUGAUGUCGCUCUUGUCAAGCAUCUUACAGCAGCUUUGGAGCGGUGGUUCAUGCGUGGCCAUUGUGGAGGUCUGCGGCAACUGGUGAUUCCACAUAUCCCAGCGUUAUCGAACCAGUUCUUGACUGCAGUGAGUAAAUUUUGCCCGAACGUGGAAAUCUUGGACGGCUGGAAACUCACGUACGUUAGCGACGGAUGGGGAGCUGUGCUAUGCGAUGAAGAGUGGCGAGUGUCUAUCGACGUGUGGGAGAAGUUCUGCGCAAACUGUUCUGACUUGCGCGAGUUUAACUGGGCCGUGGUCCCAUUUGCCGAUGCGUUCUUCAAACCCUUUGGCGCCACGCGGAAGUGCCGACUUACCGAUCUCGCUUUUGACUUUACCGACGCGUUCCUCAGGAGAAAACGGUCUUCUGGAGCUGUUCGAGUCGUGGCGACGAGCAGCAAUUUGGCAGAGCAGUUGAUACGUGCGUGGUCUCUCCAAGCCGCAGUUCCAGUUGAAGCGGUGACGGCAGCGGAGAUCGCGGCUUUAGACGAUACCACUCGUCCGUACUCGUCAGCGGGGCUCUGCUCCCUGGUGCGCGGCCUGCCAUUUCUGCGAUCAUUCAAAGUGUUUCUGCAUCCGCGGCAUCGAAUCGACCUGGACGUCUUCGACGACGACUUCCUAGAGCAGUUGUCCAAGUCCGCGCAGUACCUGACUCACUUCAGCUUCGCGGAGGCCGGUAGGUACGCUGGCCCGCAAGCUCUGGAAUGUGUCAGCGACCGAGGCCUGUUGUCGCUUGCGAGCAUGACCCAUCUCUCGGAUAUCUCGAUCGCAGCAUUGUCAAGCACGUCGGGCGCCGGAGUGUUCCCGUUUAUCCAGCGCAAGUCGUCGAUCAUCCAGCAGCGCAAUGUCAGGAUCGGCGUCAUGCGGGACUUCGACUCGAUCAUCCUGCCACUUCUGGAGCUCGUGGCGGGUAAGCCGGCUGGCACCUUCUCAGAUCAAUCCUUCGCGCUGAUGCUGCUGAACAUCGGCCAUCUGCGUGACUUCACGCCGAAAACUUGUGACCCACGAGAGUGGGAAGACCAACUUCAAGAGAUUCAACACCAACUCGAAUCCAACCACCCGACCCUGCGAUUCCAGCUCACGAUGGAGCAAGAGAAGCCUCACCCGGGUACCACCAACGUCGCGGAAGGCGGCGACAAGUUCUUUAUCUCGAAACUCGCAGUGUUCACCAGCAACUGGAAAUACCAGGACGUGAUCGAGGGCACUUUCUACCGAGGAGAUAUCGCCAUAUCGACGCCCUUCGACUGGGUCGUCAAAUGCUGA